AUGACUUCUGAAGGCGCUGCACGACCGCGAGUCCUGAAGCAUGUUAUCAAUACGCGAUCGCGAGAAUGGCUUCUCCUCCGACGGCCGUCGUGCUGGCGCUGCUGCUGCACGCGGCGUGCCUCUCAUCGCCGCAUCGUCUCGUCGCGGGGCACGUUUGGCCUCUCAGUGAAGCAACCACCCGCCGCGAGAUGGCCAAGGCGUCUGGCCAUAGUCAACGGCGCGUGCUUGGAUGCCAUGAGCUGGAAGUCGGUGGGCACGAGCGUGGUGCUCUACAACGCCCCCUCCUUCGCCAACUCGCCCGCCACGCUCGCACCGGCCGUGCUGCGCGCCCCGGCACCCAACUCGUCGGCGUGCAGGGUGGUGCCGAAGGGGUUCAACGGCACGGUGGGGUCGCUGCGCAUCAUGUGGAACGUGAAUGACGGCGCGAGUGACCACCUGGUGUGUGGCAAGCUCGUGUUCUGGGACAAGAAUGACUGCUCUGGUUCUUCAUUUGUGUACGAGAUUCCUGGCAAGUGGACAGCCGCCAAGGCCGACAACUUCAAAUACGCCACCACCAGCGUCAAGAAGGCAGCGGGCGUGGUGGCGACAGGCAGGUCGUUCUCAUGCCUGGCGGCCGUGAAGCCGCCCGUCACGGACCUCUGUGCCACGGCGGCAUGCCCGCCCAACUCCAAGUGCGUCCUCACGAACAGCUCCUUCGCGCAGUGCACAUGCGAUCCUGGACUGACCUUGGUUCCCGAGGGCUACUGCGUCGAUUCGUGCUCCGUCAAGCAAUGUGGCAUCGGUGGCACUUGCGUUCUUCUAUCGAACGGCGAGCCGUAUUGUUCUUGCAAAGAUGGCUACGAGCGGGAGUUUGUAACUGGCUCAUGCAUUGGAGAGGGUCAAUGCAAAGACUGCCUUCAGGGUACCUUUGGCAACAACUCUUUGCCGUACGCUUACUGCCCACCGGACUUCAACAUGCGCUCUGGUGCUUGCCUGCCAGGAGUCGUGCCUGACGUGGCAGACAUCGCCAUCAGCAUCUACAGCGCCACCAGCUUCGGCACACAGAGUGGUCCGCCUUACGUCUUCCGCCUGAAGCCCAACAAGUGUGUCACCAUCCCUGUGGCCGUGGUUGCCAGCAGCAACCCUUCUGCACUGGCAUCUCACUCAGCUCCGCCGUACCCAUCAACAACGACCUUGUUGCAACGCCCAUUCCGUGAGUCUAUCUCUCUCCCUCUCUCUCUCCCCCCCUCCUCCCUCUCCUCCCUCUCCUCCCUCUCCUCCCUCUCCUCCCUCUCCUCCCUCUCCUCCCUCUCUUCCCUCUCCUCCCUCUCUUCCCUCUCCUCCCUCUCCUCCCCCUCCUCCCUCUCCUCAAUAUCCUCCCUCUCUCCCUCUCUCCCUCUCUCCCUCUCUCCCUCUCUCCCUCUCUCCCUCCUGGCUGAUCUUUUCCAUUAG